GUGUGAGCUUCCACUUGAACAUCCCCCAACGACUUGCACCCCCACUCUUCAGCACGUCAAGUUCGUCGACGAGCCACCACCUCACCAGCUCGAGAAUCGCACGUUAGUCACAUCAUCAGACACACACCCGAGCUCGACAGAAGGAAUCAUGGCCAUGUUUAGCCAGAACCCGGUCUUGAACGGACCCAACUACUCGUUCAACAACGGCCCCGUCUCCAGUGCGCCGGAGGGCGCCCGGCAGCAUCGCUUCGAUCCCUACACCGACAACGGCGGGUCAACCCUCGCCAUCGCAGGCGCCGACUUCACCGUCAUGGCCGGCGACACACGGCUUACCUCGGGCUACAGCAUCAACUCGCGACACCACCCUAAGCUGUUCAAGAUCGGCGGGACCACGUCAGACCAGAAGGAUGCCAACAUCGUCCUCUCGGUCGUGGGUUUUGCGGCCGACGGAGAGGCUCUCAAGGAGCGGCUCGACGCCAUCUGCAAGAUGUACCGCUAUCGCCACGGCAAGCCGAUGAGCGUCAAGGCCUGCGCCCAGCGGUUGUCGACGAUCCUAUAUCAGAAGCGCUUCUUCCCAUACUACGCAUACGCCAUCUUGGGCGGGCUGGAUGAGGAGGGUAAGGGUGCCGUGUACUCGUACGAUCCAGUCGGCAGUUACGAGCGGGAGCAAUGCCGGGCCGGUGGCGCGGCCGCGAGCCUCAUCAUGCCGUUCUUGGACAACCAGGUCAAUUUCAAGAAUCAGUAUAUCCCAAACAGCGGCGAGGGCCACGCGCUCCAGGAGCGUGAGCGGCGGCCGCUGACGAGAGACGAGGUCGAGAUGCUGGUCAAGGAUGCGUUUGACGGGGCGGUGGAGCGGCAUAUCGAGGUGGGCGAUGGCCUGCAGAUGAUGGUAAUCACGAAGAAUGGAAUUGAGGAGGUCUUGCUGCCGCUAAAGAAGGACUAAACGAGCCUCCGCCGGGCCAUGUACUGUACAUCAUACACCAGGCCUCAUGUGAUCAAAUAGGACAGCUGCGGAUACGGAACCCAUUUCAUGUUCGCAAGUUACCUUGGGCAAAACAGCUCAUGGGUCCAUCAGUGUUUAUGUUCCGUGAGGGACAACCCGCAAAGUACCGGGGCCGCGCUGUCGUCAAUUCACACAGUUCAGGCCUAUCCGGCAGCCAUUCGUGUCUCGAUCCAGAUUCCCAGGGACAGAAAAAUCGCAUGGAGUAAUAACUACCCCAGCAAGACGAACGAACGUAAGUACUGGUAUGUACUAUCGAAAUGGGAGUUUCAG